AUGCUUCAGAAGGAACACUGCAGGCUUUUCAUGAAAAGGUACCGCAUCAAGGAUCCCAUCCCAGUUUGCAUUGUUUCAACCUCGGAACUGAAAGUAGAUGUGUAUGGGAAGAGGAUGCUUGACGAUGAAGCUAACAUGGAAUCAAGUGAUGACGAUGAAACGGUUGGUGGGGACUUGGAGGAGUUGAAAGUCGACUUGUAUGGUAAUAAGAAACUGUCGUGCAAAGAUGACAGCAGUGACCAUUGUAGUGACGAUGAGUCAGAAUCAGAUGAGAGAGGAGGGAGAAUGCAGAGAGAGGACCAAGUAUAUGAAAUUGUCUUGGAUUCCUCGGAUGAGGAGGGCGACGAAGAGCUGUACCGUCCUGUAUUCCCGAAACAAUCCGAGACGGUAAAGGCUGUCAGAAAACAAACUGCUCCUCCUGCCACAAAAGCAAACAGGGUCUCUAUUGGAAGUGUCAAUAAUAAACUGGAGGCUAAGGAAGGCAACAAUAAAGCAGAAAGUCUGUCGUCCUGCUCAUCCGAUGACAAUGAAGUGGCGUUCACCAUGAAGUUUACGUGAAGGGAGACCUAACAAUGAGUAGAAGAGUUCAUAGUAGUAUAAGUAGACAAAAACCAUGUUAGUUCUCUUUUCUUUUUUCUUUUGGUUUGGAGCUAGAGCUGCACGAGGUCCACUUAGUAUCUCCCUCUCUCUUUCUCUCUCUCUCUCUCUCUC